AUGUCGUCCACCAGCAACGCCUCCAUUGACAAGUUCAACGGAGACAAUUACGCAACGUGUAGCUGGUACAUGCGCGGUGUGUUUUUGACGAAGUCCGUCUGGCACGUCGUCAACCGUGAAGUGAAUCCGACUUUCACCGACCCGCGAGCGUCCGAUGACUACGUCAAGGCAAGCAACGUCGCGUUUGGUAUGAUGCUGCUGCACAUGAACGCGGACUACCAUCAUGUGCUGGACAACUGCGAGGAAGCCUGGGUUGCGUGGACAAGUCUGAAGACGCUGUACGGUGGGUCGCAGAAGGCAGGACGCAUCUACCUCAAGCGACAACUUUUCAGUAUCAAGAUGGCUGAAGGCGCGAACGUCAUGCAUCACUGCAACGAGGUCCUCAACAUCUCCGCCAAGAUUAGCGGCAUCGGUGCGAAGAUGGAAGACGAAGACGUUGCAAUUUGUCUGCUACUCAGUCUUCCGAAGAGCUACGAAAAUGUGGUGCUCAACAUGGAAAUGAGCAGCACCGAGCUUCGCACUCAAGAUGUGGUGAGAGUCCUGACGAAUGAGCAUGCCAAGCGUCAAGGAGAAAAAGGGACAACGACAGCGACUACGGUGAAGGCUGAAGAUGCAAGCAAGGCAUUCAGCGCCGAGCGUGAGCCCUACCAAUGCACGUAUUGUGGCAAGGUGGGACACACGGUGGAUCGUUGCUGGACAAAGCAGAAGAACGAAGGUCGGGGAGCCCGACGCGGCGGCAAUGGUCGUGGACGCGGGGCUAACAAUGUCCAGUGGGGACAUCAUGAUGAAGGCAAUGGCUACGAUCGAGUGGCGUUUGCAGUCUCGUUCGAAUGUGGAGUUUCGACGAGCAAGGUGUUGCAUUUUAGAUCGGAGCGAGGAAAGCGGAGCAAACGGAGCGGAGAGACCGAAGAGAGUAGAGCAGAAAACACUUGCCCAAUAGUUGGAAGAUUCGAAAGUGAUUGA